AUGGCUUCAAGUAUUAGAGAGAUUACUAAAGAAAGAAUUUUAAAUGAAAUUAUUAGAUCUGUUAAUCCUGAAUCAAAUAAUGGAUGGAAAGCAUUGGUCGUAGAUCAAGAAUCACUUCGUAUCAUUUCAGCAUGUUGUCAAAUGUUUGAUAUCACUGAAGAGAAAGUUACAGUUGUUGAUAAGCUUGAAAAUCCAAGACAAAGACUAGCAAAUGUUGAAGCAAUCUAUUUCAUUACACCAACAACCAAGUCUAUCGAUAGAUUGAUUGAGGACUUUAAGAAGAAAGGAUCUCCACAGUAUCAAGCUAUUCAUUUAUUCUUGACAUCCAAAUUACCAGAGACAGAGUUUAAAAAGUUAUCAAACUCUAAUGCAGUACAUAGAAUAAAGACAUUCAAAGAGAUGAACAUUGAGUAUCUCGCUAUUGAAUCACAAGCAUUCCAUUUCGAUCAAAAAGGUGCAUUAUACACAUUGUUCUCACCAGAAACAAUGAAUCUAGUUGAAGAACAAGCAAAGAUGGCUAUCAAAUUGGCAACAUUAUGUGUAUCAUUAAAUGAAUAUCCAAUCAUUAGAUAUUCCAAUUCGAAUCCAGUAUCGAUUGCAGUUGCCGGUAUGACGCAAGAGCGUUUGGAUUCAAUUGCAAGAACAUCAAAGGCGUUUACACCGAACGAAGAGCACGGUACUCUUUUGAUUAUCGACAGAACGAUCGAUCCUCUUGCACCACUGCUUCAUGAAUUCACCUAUCAGGCAAUGAUCUACGAUCUCUUUAAGAUCGAAGGUGACAAGUACUCGUACGAUGCCGUCACCGGUAACGGUUCCGUCAAAAAGGACGUUCUUCUCAACGAAAACGACUACAUGUGGAACGGACUCAGACACAAACAUAUUGCAGACGUAAUCGAUUAUCUCAAAACAAGAUUAGAUGACUUUUUAAAGACAAAUCAAGUUACUCAAUAUACUCAACAUGUAAGUGUUACAAAACAACAACAACAACAACAACAACAACAAAAGAAGAAAAAGAAGAAACAAAGAUCACUUAAGGAAGCAUCCGAUGUAAUUAGAUCACUUCCACAAUAUCAAGAGAUGAUGUCAAAGUAUUCAUUACAUAUCAAUAUUGCAGAGCAAGCAUCACAGAGAUUCACUGAGCCAAUGGCAAAUCUUGCUUACCUCGAACAGGAUAUGGCUACCGGUGAAGAUGCCAAAGGUAAUACACCAAAGAAUAUCAUCCCAAGAUUAUCAACUUUCUUAAAUGAUGUAAUGUUAGAACCAGCAGAUAAAAUUCGUUUGUUGAUGAUUUAUAUUAUUUCACAGGAAGGUAUCAAAGAGCAGGACAGAAAGAAAUUGAUGGAUCUCGCUGGCAUUGGAUUGCAAGAUCAGGCAUCGAUUUCCAAUCUCUUCUUCUUGGGUGUCACUCUGAUGAAGGGUGCCAAAGGCAAACAAAAGACACAGGUCACCAAACAAAGAAAGCAAGACGAGGGAAACAACCCGUACGAAGUAUCUCGUUACGUUCCACUCCUGAAGGACAUCGCUGAGAAUCUCGUUAAUAACACUCUGCCAGACUCUGACUUCCCCUACGUCAAGGAGAAGCCAACAGUCAGCAGCAACAAUCAGCCAACCAGCAAGGUUUCACUCAAGGGUAAGAGCAACCAACCGAGAUGGGCAGAUCCCGCCGCUCAAAAGGAGGAAAUCAAAUACAGCGGUCCAAAGUUGAUUCUUUUCGUGCUCGGUGGUAUGUCAUACUCUGAGAUGCGUUCGAUCUACGAGCUCGCCGCCUACUACAAGAGAAACAUCUACAUUGGAUCCAACGCAAUUCUAUUGCCAAAUGAAUACACUAACGACGUAAAAUCUCUAAAGAGAACAGAGAAUGUAUAA